AUGCAUAUGGUCAAUUUAGCUCACUUAAAUGGGCAAGUUCAUUUAUAUGUUGUGUGCACUAUCUCUCAACCUGAUGUGAUUCCCAUGAUUGAAUACAACGUUGAUGAGGGAGGUGAGGAAGUUGCACCUCAGGUGAAUGAGGGUGGUGAGGGUGCACAAUUUGCUGAGGGUAUAGAUGAUGGUUUGAGGAAACAGUUGGAUGAGGGGGUAGAUGGUGAUGGUGAGAGGAUAAAAGCACAUGAUGUUGGUCAGGCUGAGAUGACACAAGCAGCUGAAGAUGAGGGUGAGAGGAUAGAGGUUGAUGAAGGAGAUGUUGAGAGGACAAAAGAAAAUGAAGAGAGGAUAGAGGUUGAGGAAGCUGAUGUUGAAGGUGAGAGGACAAAAGCAGAUCAAGUUGAAUUUGAGGGUGAGAGGAUAGAGAUUGUGGAAGCUGAUGGUGAGAGGACAACAACAGAUGAAGUACAGGAAGAGAGGAUAGAAGGACAAAAAGCUGAUGUUGAGGCUAAGAGGAGAGAAGUAGAUGAAGUUGAAGUUGAGGUUGGGAAGAUAGAGGUUGAGGAAGCUGAUGGUGAGAGGACAACAGCAGAUGAAGUGCAAGAAGAUGAGGGUGAGAGGAUAGAGGUUGAGGAAGGUGAUGCUGAGAGAACAACAACAGAUGAAAUGCAUGAAGAAAUAAUAGAGGUUGAGGAAGCUGAUAUUGAGGCUGAGAGGAUAGAAGCACAUGAUGGUGAGGGUCAUAGGUUAGAUGGUGAGGGUUACAGAAUAGAAGUACAAGACUUGGAGGAUAUAGAAGUAGUAGUCUGUGAUUGGAGUACAUCACGUGAUGAUGAUGAUGGUCAGAUGAAUAGUGAGGAUGGGUUAGUAGACAUAAAUGUUCAGUGUGAUGUAAGUCAUAGUUCUAGUAAUUUGGAGGUUGAGGUUGAACCUGUUUUGCUUGGGUCUGAGUCAGAUAUGGAAGAAGAUUAUAUUAAUGAUUAUGGUUGGUUCAAUGACGAAUGA